GCGAACAGCCACGUAAACGUGGCAGCCGGUCAACAGUCGAGCUGGUGUCGCCCAAAAAGGUCCAAAACUGACCGAUGUCUGCAUGAUGUUCAUCUCUUUUACCAGGGCUUCACUGAAACAGCUCUAAGAUGUCGAUGGUGGUGUUUGCGUCUGUGGUCCGUGUCGGGGAUGGCCUGCCUCUCUCAGCGUCCACCGACUACGAGCAGGACAAAGAGCUGCAGGAAACAAAGAGGCACCUCAAAGGUCUGUCCAGGAAACUCAACCAGUUCCCCGAUCGCUGCACACUCAAGUCUGGAUCGUACAAUAUCAAUUUCACCAGCUCUCUGGGUGUUGGAUACCUGAUGGUGUGCACGGCCAGCUACCCUAACGUGCUGGCCUUCUGCUUCCUGGAUGAGCUGCAGAAGGAGUUUAUCGUCACCUAUGACACCAAACGUAUCAGCAGCGCCGUGCGGCCGUACUCCUUCAUUGAAUUUGACACCUUCAUCCAGAAGACCAAGCAGCGCUACAACAGUCCUCGUUCUCUGUCCACCAAGAUCAACCUGGCCGACAUGCAGACGGAGAUUAAGCUGCGUCCUCCCUACCAGCUUUCCCCCGAGGAUCUGCAGGCCAUCAAUGGAUUCUCAGUGCACGCGCCAUCAAAGUACAAGGGAAUCGCUCCAACGCAGGUGCUGGAGCCCGUGACGCUCCCGGGCGUCGUGUCCUGCGUCCUCAGCAUCCUGUGUGGGGGCUUGAACCUGCUGCGAGGAGUCCACGCCAUCGAGAGCAUCCUACAGGAUGAUGAUGAAGACUUUAAUUACGUGAUUGCCUUCUUCCUGGGCACAGCGGCCUGUCUGUAUCAGUGCUACCUUUUUGCCUACUUCUCCGUCUGGAGGGAUGUUAAGUCCUUCCUGGCGUUCGCGCUCAUCUGUCUGUCCAACAUGUAUCUGUAUGAACUGAGGAACAUGUGGCAGAUCCUCUUCCACGUGGCCGUCGGGGCAUUUAUGACCCUGCAAAUCAGACUGAGGCAACCGCUGGGCAAAGCGCCAGACUACAACGUCUGACAAACGCAUUAAACACGGGACAAAUGAACCUCCAGUCCGGUGCCCUGCACCACCUUUUUUUUGGAAAUACUGGCACACUUUUGGAGAGGAAAAACAAGUCUGCCAGUUCAGGGGAAGAAAAGUCACCCCCGAGUCCGUGGACAGAUCUCCGUUUGGACCGGGACGCAAGUCUGCUGCUGCAGCCUGAAUCAUUUAUGGACCUUAUUGGAUUGAUUUUGGAAGCUUUCUGCUCUCCACUCUUAUGUGACAAUGAUUUAUAGUUUCUUUCAGUGCAGCCAUAAUUCAGGUCACAGUCCUGUAGGAUGUCCAGUUUUGCAAGCCUAUACACUCUACACAUGCAAAUUUAUGUAUUUGGAAAAAAGAAAAUGUGGCAAGAUUCUGAUUUGUUGUACACAGUUCCAAAGAUUAUUCUAAACAAAGGCUAUUAGGAAA